AUGACAAGCUACUGUUUCUUCUCCAUUGCUAUCAUAGGGCUGCUUCUCAGCUUCCUCACUGCUGGUUCGAGGGUUGAAUCUAUUGGUGUUUGCUAUGGCAUGAACGGCGACCAUCUUCCUCCACCAAGUGAAGUCAUUGAUCUCUACCAAUCUUCUAAUAUUGAAAGGAUUAGACUUUACGACCCCAACCAAGAGGCAUUGGAAGCCCUUAAAUGCUCUGGCAUUGCUGUCCUUCUCGGCAUUCCCAACUCCGAUUUAUAUUCUCUCGCUAAUGAUUCCUCUGCAGCCUCCACUUGGAUUCAAAACAAUAUCCAAUCUUUCUCAUCAGAAGUCCAUUUCCGCUAUAUAGCCGUUGGAAACGAGCUCAUCCCUGACUGUGAAGCCCAAUAUAUCCUCCCUGCAAUGCAGAACUUGCAGAACGCCUUACAGUUCGCCGGCCUUCAAGAUCAGAUCAAGGUCUCCACAGCAGUCUCCAUGGGCGUUCUUGCCACCUCCUACCCUCCCUCAACUGGCGCCUUCUCCUCUGAUGUCAUCGACAUUCUCCAACCAAUUAUCAGCUUUCUCGCCAUUAAUGGCGCCCCUCUGCUCGCGAACAUCUACCCUUACUUCAGCUACGUUGAUGACACACAAGAUAUCUCCAUCGAAUACGCGCUCUUCACUUCUCCUGGAACGGUGGUCACAGAUCCCAACAGUCAGUUGAGUUAUCAAAAUCUCUUCGACGCGUCCCUUGAUGCGCUCUACUCGGCGCUGGAGAAGGCGGGUGGCGCAGAUGUUGCGGUGGUGGUGUCGGAGACUGGCUGGCCGUCAGAUGGAGGGACGGCGGCGACGGCGGAGAAUGCACAAACGUAUAUCUCGAAUCUGGUUCACCAUGUUGGGCAGGGGACGCCCAAAAGGCCGGGGUGGAUUGAAGCUUACAUAUUUGCCAUGUUUGAUGAGAAUCAGAAGCAGCCGCAGGGGAUACAGAAUCACUUUGGGCUGUUUACUGCUGAUAAGCAGCCUAAGUACACUAUCAUGUCUUACAAAUAG